UCUUAAUUUUUUUUGAGCUUGAUUAGUGCAUGACCCGAAGAAAACAUACCUCUUUUGUUGAAUUAGAUCCAGAAAUUGAAAGGACUAUUUCUAGAUUGAGAAGAUCACAACCUAUUCUUGAUUCUCAUUUGGUUUGUAAUUCAACAAUGGAAGGUAUCUUAGGACAUGAGCAUGUGCAUAAUGAGGGCCAUGGGAAUGGGAAUGAGAAUUUGCAUGAUGAUGGCCAUGUUAAUAAUGAAUUUGAAGGCUUGCAUAACCCUAGAGAGGAGAGGAGCAUUAGGCAAUUAACUCAACCUAAUUGGCAUGAUAAUCCUUAUGGCUUAUAUGUUCCUCCUACUAAUGUUCAAUUUGAAAUUAAAUCCUCUUUGAUUAAUGCAUUGCCUAAAUUUCAUGGGUUACCAGGAGAGGAUUGCCAUAGGUUUUUGCAUACUUUCCUAUUGGUUUGUGAUACUAUGAAGCCUAUGCAUGUAAAUGUUGAUGAUGUUCAAGCUAAGGCUUUUGUAUUUUCUCUUGAAGGUUUAGCAAAGGAGUGGUAUUUCAACUACCCUUCUUAUGUGAAAGUGAGCACAUGGGCCGAGCUAAGAAGACUCUUCUUAGAUAAAUUCUUUCCAAAUUCUAAGGUCACCAAUUUGAGGAAGCAAAUCUAUGGGGUCCAACAAGGAGAGGAUGAGAGUCUCUAUGAGUAUUGGACUAGAUUCCAAGGCCUUUUGGCUAAAUGCCCACACCAUCAAAUUUCUAGUGAGAAUUUAGUCCAAUAUUUCUAUGAGGGCUUGAUUCCAAGAGACAAAGUUAACAUUGAUGCCGCUAGUGGUGGAUGCUUAAUUGACCUUACUUCCUUAAAGGCUUGGGAACUAAUUGACAAGAUGGCUUCAAGUGGUGCUCAAUACUCUACAAGGGAAAAGAGAAAUGUGAAUAUGCUCUAAAUUAAGAUAGGAUGAAAGUCAGAUCAAGUCAGGAAGCAUCAGGGGGAGCAACAUCAAGUUGUUGCUUGCUGCAUCGUGAACCACGGCUUGCGUGGCGUGUACUGCGGUGCACGGCACAGCAGGCAACUUAAAUUUUCUGGAAUCAUAAAAAAUGGACAGUUUUUGGGGUGGAAAAACCUAGAGCACGAAGGGGGCAACUUUGGGCAC